AUGUCUUCAGUCAUUCCUAUGGGCCUCUUCUACAGGGCAGGCACCUCAGCACAGGCCAUUCACCAGAAAGCCCAAAGAACUCGAGGAGUCCAAGGUCGGGGCUUUCAGCCUUCCUACCUGGCUGUCCCUGCCUUCCAGAGGGGGCUGGAAGCCAAACUCUGGAACCCGGAGACCUUGAAGCUUCUAUGUGUUGGAGGUACAGUUGCCUUUCCUAAUGCCAUGAACACCGCCCAUCCCACUUUGUGGUUCAGAGCACCAGAUAGACUCUUGGUGCAUGCUGAGCAGUCCUACCGUGCUGCUGUCAUGAGGCCCAAAAGACUGGGGGAGUACCGCCUUGGGGAGGGGACACAGCUCCAGAAUCCCCAGGAUAUCUCACGCUCACGGAACUCUAGGUCGUCCCAGCAGAGUGUCCGGUUCCAGCAGAAUACCAGCCUGGAAGUAGUGGCAAAGCCCCUGAAAGUGUGCAUCGUGGGCUCCGGGAACUGGGGAUCGGUUAUUUCAAAGAUCAUUGGGAGCAACCUGAAGAACACGAAGAAGUUCGAGCCCACGGUCGAGCCCACGGUCAAGAUGUGGGUAUUUGAAGAAAUAGUCCACGGGAGGAAGCUGACAGAUACCAUUAAUAGUGACCAUGAAAAUGCGAAGUUCUUGCCUGGGCACAGGCUGCCAGAGAAUGUGGUGGACUCGAGUCUCAGCCAGGCUGUGCAGGAUGCAGAUCAGCUGGUAUUUGCUUCCCCACACCUGUUCUUUAGAACCAUCUCUGAUGGGAUUGCCGACAUAGUUCCCAAAAAGGCCCUGGGCCUCAGCCUCAUCAAGGGCAUGGGUGAGGGCCCAGGGGGCCUGAAGCUGGUCUCUGACGUCAUUGAGAAGGUGCACGUAGACGUCAGCGUGUUGAUGGCGGCAAACAUAGCCAGCGAGGUGGCUGACGAGCAGUUCUGCGAGGCCGCCAUCGGCAGCAAGGUGCCGCAGAAUGGCCUUCUCUUCAAAGAGCUGCUGCAGACCCCCAAAUUCCAAGUCACUGUGGUAGAAGACUCAGACACCGUGGAGCUAUGUAAGGCUCUAAAGAACAUAGUUGCCUUGGCGGUCGGCUUCUGCCACAGCUUCUGUCACGGAGACAGCACCAAGGCUGCUGUCAUCCUCCUGGGCUUCAUAGAAAUGAUUGCUUUUGCCAGGACUUUCUGCAAGGGCCGGGUGUCUAUGGCCACUUUCCUGGAGAGCUGUGGGGCAGCUGAUGUUGUCAGUACCUGCUAUGGGGCGGGAAAGACUACUGAGGAACUGGAGAAGGAGAUGCUGAAAGGACAGAAACUACAAGGACCAAAUACUUCUGCCCAGGAGUCCCGCAUCCUUAAGCGAAAGGGGCUGCUGGACAAGUUUCCACUGUUGGCAGCUGUGUAUCAGACCUCCCGCGAGGGCAGACCAGUUGCCGAGAUGAUCUCGUGUCUGCAGAACCACCCGGAGCACAGGGAGCAGGGCCCUGGCCAGCUCUACCUUGCCCAUCUCAGGAUCAGAUGGAAACCAGGACAUGACAGUGAGAUGUUUGCCUGGCUUUCUCCCAUCUUGAUGCACAUGAAUUAUUAUGGCUUCAUUUCUGGGUCACGAGACACAGCUCCUUGGCUGAUGUACUGGUAA